AUGGAGAGCUCCAGAUUUCAACAACAAGAUGGUCAUGAGCUCUUUGCUAGUCGUAUAAAAGAAGUGUCGUCUUCUUUGAGAACAAUCUUAGAAGAUAGAGUCUUUAAAGAUGUAUUUGAAGAGGAACUGUCAGCAACAUUCCCAAAUUACAUAGACUCGUUGGAUGAAUUAGAUCGGGAUAUGUCUAGGAGUGAUUAUAAAGUCAUAGUUGCAGGGGACAAUUGUUCGGGGAAAACAACUCUCAUCAAUGCUCUGAUCGGUGAUGAGAUUUUCGAUACUCCGAUGUAUAUCUCUACUCACGUGACGUUUACAAUAAGUCACCAUGGAGAUAGAAAUAUUUUCAUUCAUAAGGAGAAUGACACGGAACCCAAACGAAAACACUUUACAGACUCAAAAGCUCUUUUUCUGCGACUUCAAAAAAUAUCUGAAGAUCUAGACCAAAUCAAUUGCUUGCUCAUAUCAGCUAUUGAUGUUCACGUACCACUGUCUAAUGUCAAGAGAGCUGUAGCGUUGGUGGAUACCCCGUCGACGAAUGAGAAUAACCGUGUGAGCGAACUGAUACAAGACGUCACACAAUUGAUGCCUGAUGCUUUGGCUGUGGUUUUUCUUAUUGAUGUAUCUCGUGCCGGUGGCUUUGAAGGAAUACUCCCAACUCUUCUGGAAAAUGUCCUGAUGAAAAUUGGAGAAUUGGAAUGGUUUGAAGCAAGCUCAGCAAUAUUCAUGACCACAAAAUGGGACGAAAUACAGGAACUGUCAAAAAGCAGUAGUGACGGAAUGCAGGAAAGAAGUGAGACAGAAAAAACAUGGUCUGCUGUUACAACGAACCUAGAAAAGGAAUGGCCUUUGAUUGUCAAAGAGAAUAUAUUCAGAGUUAGUCUGUCAGAUUUGAGUACGCAGAAUACUGAACUGAGUGAUGAAUUCCGGAGAUUCCUUGAUCUACUUCAUCGAUCAAUCGAUGUUAAUUUAGAGAGGCGCUACUACAAACACCUGAAGUUUUUAGAAAAACUUUUGACGCAAAUUGAAAGCUGUAUGCUAGCGAAAAUAAAUAGGGACCAAGAUCCUCAAUCACGGACCGCUGCUCUUCAAAACAUUCAAAAGAAAAUAUCCAAGGAAAAGGAACGACUUCGAGAAUGUGUCAAAUCCAAAUUAGAAAAAAUAUCCAAUGAUCUUUACACUUAUAUCAAUUCCAAAGCUGGGCAAAAUGAAAUAUUGAAAUCAUUCGACACAUCUUUAGUGAAAGCCCCUUUUGGAAUAUUUAGGGACAGUUUGCUCAAAACGAUCGUUAGUGGUAUUCGCAACUGGUGUACAGGACCGAAUGUUUCGAGAAUCAUCAAAGAUAUUGAUCACGAUAUUGAAAUUGCUGUGACAGAAAUAGACGAUGAUUUUCGAAAUUUGGAAUGUGACAUAACCGGUGUUUCCAUCAGGAAAUUCAUUAGAACAGAUGACAGCGAAAUGAAACUGGGAGUGGUGUUUUCAUCUUUGGCGCCAAAGCAGACGCGUGAUUCUCUUUGGAAACUGAUUCCAACGACGAUGAUUCUAAAGAACGAUUACAUUCUCGCGAAAGCUAUUGACCACUUGUAUGUACAAUGCUUGAAAAUCCUUACUAAAUCUGAUAUAGAAGCAGCUUUUGAACAUUCAAUUGGAUUCCAAUACGAUAGAAAAAUAUCAAAGUUGUUUAAAUCCUUUGAGCAGAAUGUGUGUGGAGGAGAGAAAAUGAUAAUGAAUAAAUCGGUUUCUGCCCAUGAUUUAGAAAGGAAAGGUUACUUAGGUUUACUGCAGAAAAACAUUGCCUGCAUCAGAUUGUUGAAACAAGACUUUUACCAAGACUGAAUUAUAUUGCAAACUAUCCCUACUGUACGAAUCGAAUUGCCUUGCAAAUGAAUUUGUUUACUUUCGUAUAUAUAGCAGUCAAACGAUUUUACCAAUUACACUAAAGAGUAUCUGCAGUUAGUUUUUAUUUGCUGUAGUUUGCUUUUCCUUUUUUACUCAGGCGUAACAUGAUUUAAAGAUGGAUGGACGUGAUAAUAAAGUGCAAGUUUGAAUAUUGCUCAUAUUGUCUUUCUUCUUGAAGACGAACAAGGAGAAAUCUGAAAAUGCAGUGGUGUUUUGAUAUAGUUUUCCUAGGCACCUGAUUCCCACCUCUAUAUUCAGGGGUCUGUGUUUGCCCAACUCUCCAUCUUCAUUGCUUAUAGGAGUUUUUAGAUUUAUCACUGCUCGUUAUCUUCACUUUUCAUUGUUAAGAGAUUGAUCGCUGCUCGUUAUCUUCACCUUUCAUUGUUAUGAGAUUGAUCGCUGUUCGUUAUCUUCACCUUUCAUUGUUAUGAGAUUGAUCGCUGCUCGUUAUCUUCACCUUUCAUGUAAAAGUAUCAGCUACAUGCAUCUCUUUAUUAAAAAUGUCAAAACAUUGAAUUUUUCCACAAUGAAAUUUGUUAUAAUAUGUAUGAAUGAGAAAUAUUUUGGUAAAAUAAAAAUAACUGAUUUGCUC